CAUUGCUAACUUGAAGCCCUAGCUUUCAACUUCUUGCUCCACCGUCCACCCUCCACCGCCGUCGUCAUAGUCAAUAGUAUUGAACCUACUUACUUCCAUUCCGAUCAAUUCACCUCAAAAUGGCUAAACCAACUGAACAGGACACCGAAAGCAUUGCAGUACCUGAAUCGGUGAUGGAUUCCGUCACCACCACUCUCUCUAACCUUCACGAAUUACGUUCACAUUUUGAACAAUUCUUACCUCUCAUGAACCCUCAAAUUCUCUCCCAAAUUCCACCUCUUCAACGUGCUCACUCUCUCUUCCUCCUCUCCAAAAUCACUUCCACUCUCCUCGCAUUGAAAUUGAGGUGUACUGGAGUUCAACCUGAUAAUCACUCUGUCAAAUCAGAGCUUGAUAGAUUAGAUAUAUACCAAGACAAACUUGAACGACUGUUAGAUUCGAAUAAAGCUCCUCUUCGACCUUCUACUAAAUUGAAUUAUCAAGCAGCUACACGCUUCAUCGAGCACUCUCUGCCUGACCUUACCUCAGAGCAAAGGCAGAAAAUGAGGAACUUGAGUAGAGGGGAGGGACAGAAGAAGAAACAUGGGGAGCGGGCUGGUCAAAAGAGGAAGUAUCAAUCCUCUGAAAGGCCAUCUGUUCAAGCUGUUGCCAAGGAGUUUCUAGAGAAAGCAACCAGGGAGCUUCUCGGCAGUAAUAAUGGGGGUAUUAAAGGACCGCUUCAAAUUGACAACAUGUCAGAAGACGAUGACGAUCAUGUUGACAAUUUUUCAGAAGAUAAUGACGAUAAACUACUCGUGCCCUGAUUUUCAUGAACUCUGUGAUCAGCAGGUUAUAUGGAGAAUUGUUGUUCGAGCUGAGGGUUUGCUUCCUUUCCAUGCUGGGAUGACUUCUAUUUAAAAUGUGACAACCAUUUUAGGUUGGAUUUUGGUUAUGUAGGUGCAGUAUUUUUUUUUUUUUUGUUGCUUUAAUUUGUGUAGUCCUGGAUGUCAAUGUAAAAAAACUUAAAACAUAUUCCUCAUCCAUGUACGGAACUGAAUCUUGAUGAAGACAUUUAGAAUCCAAAUAUCAGAUUUUUAUUUAUAA